AUGUCGCGCUUUCUUAUUGGUUAAUUGCUACAUCUUCUAAGUGGCGGACUGGCAAGUGUUUUGAAUUUGUAGUAAAUAGUGUUUUUUGAAAAGUGUGAGCUGAAAAAAUGUAAUACAAUUAUAUUUGGUUAUUUAGAAGUGUAAAGAAAAGUUGAGUCUAUAAAAAUUUAUGCAAGUUACAGCGGACGGUUUGAUAGGGCGUAGAGAAUACAGCGCACAACGAACGAACACUGUGAUGGCCGUACAGACUGCAGACGGUAGCUCGCUAUGGUUGACGAUUCUCUAGCUCGGCGUUCAAUAUAAACGUGCUACGGUCCACCACGAAUUCUUCAAUACAUAAACUACCGUGAGAAUUUAGUAUUAAGUGUGUAUUUUUUGUGUAAGAACGGUUUUUUAGGUGGUUUACUGUUUGAAGACUGAAUGUAUAAAAAUCAGGACUAGUUUGUUUUUGUAAUGCCAUGUUGGAGAGAACAACUAGAUCAUAUUUUGAAGACGUAAUAACAGAUUUCAAAUAUUUACAAACUAACAUUGGAAAUAAAAAAAAUAAAAGUGGCAAAAAGAAAAUUCAGAAAAAUGAAGAUUAUUUGCUAGAAGAGCAUAUCAUGACUCGUAAAACUAGGACUAGAAGGCCCAGAAUAUCUGCUUUGCAGUCCGGUUAUUGCGCAGUGUGUAAUAUCCCAUACAAUAGUGUAGAAGAUCACAUUCAAUCUAAGAAACAUCAAAAACUAAUAGGUGAAGAUGCCAAUUAUAUAGCAUUAAAUGGAUCCCUCAAUGGAUACUUGCAGACGAAUACGAUACCGUUUUUGAACUUGAAUGGUAUAGAUGCCAUAGGUGUUCACGAUACAUCUCUAGACGAAUUUUCUCCAAUCCACAGAAAACGCAACAUGCGGAAAAGUAGAACAGCGUCGGUGAUGUUAGAUAGAGUUAACCCGUCCCCUCUUUCCCCUACCGGUAGCGACAUUACCGGACAUCAUUUAAGAUCGAGAAGAAACAUCAAUUAUAUGACUCCGCCGUUAGAAGAUGACAGUUUAGAGGAAAAUCCCGAAUCGACAGUUUCCGAAGAACCCUCAUCGGAAUUGGAAAAUAAAGAAAAAGAUGCUAGAGAAUUGAGAUCGACAACGAGAUCUUUAACGAAAUUAAUGCUACCAAUACCGGACAAUCAUCAAGAAGAAGUUUGGAAUUCUGGUCGACCGAAACGAGCUUGUAUAAAUAAAAAGAGACUUUCAGCCGAGGAACGGUCAAAUUUCAAAACUUUUUACAAAGUUGAAGUACUAACAUCAAAACCUCGAUCAUUUUUUAUCAAGAAUCCAGAAAAUACGAAAAGGCAGCAAUCACAAUCACCUAAGAGAGAAGAAGAUAAAGAUAAAGGUCUUAUAGUGAAAUUUAAAAAGUUGCGUAACUCCGAGUUGAUCCAACUCAACAAUGAAGCCACCAAUUUUUUAUUUCCCAAAAAAGAUGAUACCAGUGAAGAAGAAGAAGAGGCACAGGAAGAAGAAGAUGAGGUUAAGACGAUAACUAGUAGUGUUGAUAGUUGCAGUAACGUCGAUACUGAAGAAAAUUCCAAUUCCACUUCGAAAGUGAAAAACGAAGACGAAGGCUCGAUGGAUAGUAUGGGUAAAAAGAAGAAAAGAAGGACUCACGCCGAAGCAUUCAUUAUGGACAAUCAGAAGUAUUAUAAGUUCGAAACGCCGGGAUCCAGUUAUUGCAGGUUAAGGUACCAAGGAUCGUAUUUACCAUUGGUAGUAAAGACACCCGAAGUACCAAACAAUAGAGAAAUUGUAAAACCGGAAGAACCCGUGGAAAAGAAGGUGAAAUACUCGGAGAAUGAUUCCAAAAUUAAGAUGGACAAUUAUAAAUUCGCCUUCGAAAAAGUACCAUCUAAUACUGGAUGGUACAACGCUUUUAAAAGACUGGAUAAUGCUGAACAGAGUUACGCUGUGUUUAGUAACUAUUUAUGGGAAGCCUUUCUGCUGCCAUACCAAAUGCGCUCUAUACCACCUCUAGAUCCAAAAGUUUGUUACCAACAUUAUGAUGAAUUACUCAAAAGCAUCAUCGCGACUCACAACCAAACAAAAUCAGCAUCAAAUUCUAGAAAUUCUUCACCCGAACCAAGUAUUACAUCAUCAUCGUCGUCAUUGUACGAUCCAGACGACGAUAGUAAACUGAGUGCUUCAACGAGCAGUUCUAUAUGUAGUACAGACGAUAAAACAAAAGGAGUUACCAGUAAAGUGAGGAAAUCAAACCGAGGAAUACCCGCAUCCUCUGGUAAAAAUCCUAGAAAAUCUCCGAGACAACACGCUUCGACUCUAGCAAUUUUAAGUGACUUAGUACAACAGAGAAAAAGACGAUCCAAGAAUAAACCACCUCCCGAAGAAACCGUGCAGAAUUUACCUACUAUUCAAGAAGAACCUCCGCCACAACCGCCACCUGUAGAAGUAGAAGAACCUCCACCGAAACCGCCGACUCCAGUUCAGUAUCAUCAUCAUCGUCUCCAAACACCUAAACAACCCAUCGGUUCCGUUAAAAAAACAACCGUCAGGAAAGUGAAGCCUAAAAUCGAUUAUUUCGCAAUGGCCAAACAGAUAGAAGAAGAAUUCGAUAAAGCCCUUAAUGACGAUAUAAUUGAUUGCGAAUUAGAGAUUAGCGAUGACGCAGUAGAUUUUAAUAAUAGCAGAACUACCCUUCAGGAUAUUUUAGGAUUGUACGAGGAGAACAAUUCCAGAGAGACUGAGAAAAGUUGUAGAAGAUUUUUCAAUGGUACGCCAGGAAGGAAACCCGGAAUGAAGAAAAGGAAAUCAAACAGAACAGGUUGGCCAAAUAAGAGUAAAAGGACAACAAAGAAAGAACCAAAUAAAGAAAAGGGAGAAAACGACACCGCUAGUACCAUAGGGUCGGCUAGUAUAAAUAAUUCCGAAGAAGAAGAUGAAGAGGAGGAAGAAAAGGAAGUAGUAGAAACUCCGGUUAAAAAAGCGAAAAUAUCUGAUAAACUAUGUAAGGAAAUAGAACUGAAAUCGGACUUUAGUGAUCAAAAUUGUGAUGCCGGUAAAAACAGGGUAAAAGUGCUUUCGAAUAAAUUAGUGAAUAGUGAUUUACCUCAACCUUAUGUGUGCGUUCAAAAGUUAGAUAGUAAAAAAUUAGUGAAACACUACGUCGCGAAGCCUAAAAGGACGACUAAAAGACCAAGGCGAAUACCCGGUUCGCCGAAAUCCCCGAGGAUGUUGAGAAAACCGAGGGGCAAAUGGUAUAGAGAGAGAUAGAAAGACAACAGGAAUUUAAUGGUAUUUUAUUUAUUUACUUGUUCUUUUCGAUGUAUUUUUUUUAUUUCGCGUAAAGAGAUUGUAUACUAUUUUGUACCAGAAAUUUAUUUAAAAUUGUACAGUAUAGCAGACGAGAAAAAUAAACUUCUUGUUUUUCCUCUUUA